AUGCAGGUAACACGCUUAGAGGAGCACUUUCAGAUGUACCUGCGUCCCCUCACUCACCUGGGCCGGGACCCGCGGAGCUGGCGAGAGGCUGGGGCCGGGACGAAGCCUAAAGCUCUGCGGCUCCGGGCCCCUCCCUCCCCGCCCCAGCGGGCCCAACCUUCUCCGGCCGCGCCCGGCGGGAACCGAGCCCAUUCACCUGGCCCCGCCCCCGAGGACCCCGCCUCCAACGGCUGGUCCCAAGUAUCCCUGACCCCUAGGGACGUGUUCCUGUGCCUUAAGAACAUACGUACCUUCUUGUCUACCUGCUGUGAGAAGUUUGGCCUCAAGCGGAGUGAACUCUUUGAGGCCUUUGACCUCUUUGAUGUCCAGGAUUUUGGGAAGGUCAUCUACACCCUGUCUGCUCUGUCCUGGACCCCGAUUGCCCAGAAUAAGGGGAUCAUGCCCUUCCCCACUGAGGAGGAGACCGUGGGUGAUGAAGACAUCUACAGUGGCCUGUCUGACCAGAUCGACGUCGUGUGUUCGGGGUCCGUCCACGUGUGCCAGUGUCGCUCCUCUUCGUGGCUGAGCGACAUUCUGCAUUUCAUGAAGCCCCUGCAACGGUUCCUCAAACCCCAAGACAUUGAGAUUAUCUUCAUCAACAUCGAGGACCUGCUUCGUGUGCACACUCUCUUCCUAAAGGAGAUGAAGGAAGUCCUGGGCACCCCAGGUGCGCCCACCCUCUACCAGGUGUUCAUCAAAUACAAGGAGAGGUUCCUCGUCUACGGCCGCUACUGCAGCCAGGUGGAGUCAGCCAGCAAGCACCUGGACCAUGUGGCCGCCGCCCGGGAGGAUGUGCAAAUGAAGCUGGAGGAAUGUUCUCAGCGAGCAAACAACGGGAGGUUCACCUUGCGGGACCUGCUGAUGGUGCCCAUGCAGCGGGUGCUCAAGUAUCACCUCCUUCUCCAGGAGCUGGUCAAACACACGCAGGACGUGAUGGAGAAGGAGAACUUGAGGCAGGCCCUGGACGCCAUGAGGGACCUGGCACAGUGUGUGAAUGAGGUCAAGCGGGACAACGAGACGUUACGGCAGAUCACCAAUUUCCAACUGUCCAUCGAGAACCUGGACCAGUCUCUGGCCCACUAUGGCCGGCCCAAGAUCGAUGGGGAGCUCAAGAUCACCUCAGUGGAGAGGCGCUCCAAGAUGGACCGGUACGCCUUCCUGCUCGACAAAGCUCUGCUCAUCUGCAAGCGCCGAGGGGACUCCUACGACCUCAAGAAUGUUGUGGAUCUGCAAAGCUUCCAGGUUCGAGAUGAUUCCUCUGGAGAGCGAGAAAACAAGAAGUGGACUCACAUGUUUCUCCUGAUCGAGGACCAAGGUUCCCAGGGCUAUGAGCUGUUCUUUAAGACACGAGAACUGAAGAAGAAGUGGCUGGAGCAGUUCGAGAUGGCCAUCUCCAACAUCUACCCUGAGAACGCUACUGCCAACGGGCACGACUUCCAAAUGUUCUCCUUUGAGGAGACCACGUCGUGCAAGGCUUGCCAGAUGCUGCUGAGAGGCACUUUCUAUCAGGGUUACCGUUGUCAUCGGUGCCGGGCACCUGCACACAAGGAGUGUCUGGGAAGGGUCCCUCCAUGUGGCCGACAUGGGCAAGAUUUUUCAGGAACUAUGAAGAAGGAUAAGCCACAUCGCCGACCUCAGGACAAAAAGCGGAAUGACCUGGGCCUGCCCAAGAUGGAGGUGUGCCAGGAAUACUAUGGGCUUCCCCCACCACCUGGAGCCAUUGGUCCUUUCCUGCGGCUCAACCCUGGAGACAUCGUGGAGCUCACCAAGGCUGAGGCUGAACAGAACUGGUGGGAGGGCAGGAAUACGGCUACCAAUGAAGUUGGCUGGUUUCCCUGUAACAGGGUCAAGCCCUAUGUGCAUGGUCCCCCUCAGGACCUGACUGUUCAUCUCUGGUAUAAUGUUGAGGUCAAACACAUUAAAAUCAUGACAGCAGAAGGAUUGUACCGGAUUACAGAGAAGAAGGCUUUCCGGGGGCUUACGGAGCUGGUGGAAUUCUACCAGCAGAAUUCCCUGAAGGACUGCUUCAAGUCUCUGGACACCUGCCUGCAGUUCCCCUUCAAGGAGCCUGAGAGGAGAGCCAUCAGCAAACCACCAGCAGGAAGCACGAAGUAUUUUGGUACAGCCAAAGCACGCUAUGACUUCUGUGCCCGGGACCGAUCAGAGCUGUCCCUCAAGGAGGGUGACAUCAUCAAGAUCCUUAACAAGAAAGGUCAACAAGGCUGGUGGCGAGGGGAGAUCUAUGGCCGGGUUGGCUGGUUCCCCUCCAACUACGUGGAGGAAGAUUACUCUGAAUACUGCUGAGCUUGGCGCACUGGCCAAGAGACGAGAAACUCCAGGCUCUGAGCCCAGGAUGAGCAGGCAGCAGGGCCAGGGGGCUGUGACAGGUCCCAGCGGGCUGAGCACCGGUAUGGAUGGUGGAGGGCCAGUGUCCAGCUGGCAGGGCUCCUGGGAUGAUGCUCUGCCACGGUUAAUUUAUAACACACCGAUUUCCUC